AUGAGCGCAUCCGUCGACCAGGAAGCGGCUCGGAGAGAUGAGGCAGAGGCUUCCACCGUCCAUGUGCGGGCGAUGGCAGCAGCCGUGCAGCAGCAGAAGACGCGGCGCCGCAGGGGAUCGCUCAGGAAAGUUGCGCUGCUGGGAAGAGGCGCUCAGCGAGACAGGAGAGACUGGCCGCUGGCUAUUGAAACAGACGCGAUAGCUGACGCGCCCAUUUCUGAACCUGCUCGCUUUGGCCCUGCUUCUGGUUCUGGAAGCACGGUGCACAACGCUCUUGGCCUCAACAUCUCCCCUAUCUCAUCCCCGGCAAAUGAAUAUCCUUGCCAGCCCAAUCUCAAUCUUAUUGGUUCGCCAACUCCUUCAGCCUGCUUCGAUGCCGGGAUGGGCGGGAGCGAGAGACAGGCGGACAUGUACAGUUUCACAACCGAUGAGGAAGACAUCAUCCAGCUGGGGACUCGUGCUUCUCAGUCGCUUCGAUCUGGCCUCCCUCUGUCCUCUGGAUCCGAGUCUUACUACGCUGGACGUGCCGCAACUGAACGUCGACAAAAGGCUAAAUCCCCGCUCUCUUAUUCCGCCUCAACUCUACCUCAGCCUGGUGUAGGCUGGGACUAUUCCGAGACUGAGUGGUGGGGCUGGGUGGUUCUGGUGGUGACCUGGUUUGUCUUUGUUAUCGGAAUGGGCUCUUGCCUUGAGAUCUGGAAAUGGGCUUGGGAUGUAGGUAAGAAGCCGUAUGCACCGCCUGAGCUUGAGGAUGACGGGACUUUGCCAAUUAUUGGUUACUAUCCUGCGCUCAUUACUUUGACAUGUGUCAUGGCUUGGGUCUGGGUGGUUGUUGCUUGGGUGGGGAUGAAGUAUUUCCGGCACGCAAAGAUCAGCGGCGAUUGA